ACAGACGACGCCAGCCUGGGAACGCUAAACACAGAGGCUGGCAAUAUGGCUUGGAGGUUUAAAGUGAGCAAGUACAAAAAUGCCGCCCCUUUGUUGCCGAAGAAAGAGGACUGGGUGAGUGACAUUAAGGUCGGAGCGCCCCAGUCCUGCGGGAAUCAUAUCAAGGCUUCCGCUGCGUUCAUCGCCUUCAAUGUCGAGAACAGAGGUGGCGGGAGUCUCGGCCUCGUCCCACUAGACUACAAAGGCCGAGUUGAUUCCUCGACCCCGCUGAUCCACGGUCACUCCGAUUUGAUUACGGACUUUAACUUCUCCCCGUUUGACGAUGGACUGCUGGCCACGAGCUCGACCGAUGCCAAUGUUCGAGUGUGGCACAUACCCGAGGCUGGAUUGACGGAGAGCCUAUCAGACCCAGAAUACUCGCUGCCGCAGUUCGACAAGCGGGUAGAGAACGUGCUCUUCCACCCCACGACGGAAUUCUUGCUGACGGUUGCGUACUUCGACACGGUCAAACUCUGGGACAUCAAGCACGAAAAGGAAGUUUAUAGCUUCAGUGGACACGAGGACCAGGUUCAGAACACGAGUUGGGACGGUACUGGGUCCCUAUUUGUGUCUACGUCCAGGGAUCGUACCAUUCGCAUCGUCGACCCCAGAGCUGAUAAAGUGGCCUACGAGGCCGAGAGCCAUAAAAGCCCUAAGGACUCGAGGGUCCAGUGGCUCGGCCAGACCGAUCGCAUCUUGUCGACCGGUUGGGACAGCUCAAGAGUACGAGAGGUCCGGUUAAGGGAUCUCCGCAAUUUCUCCAAACCUUAUAAAAUACAGGGUUUUGAUUCGUCGACUGGUAUCCUCAUGCCGCUGUACGACCCAGAUACCAACAUGGUGUUCCUGGCGGGCAAGGCUGACGUGAGCAUCAUGUACUGGGAGGUGACUGAUAAAGAUCCUUUCCUCACUGAAGGACUCAAACACAAUGGCUCCGUACAGACCAAGGGGGCGUGUCUGGUGCCCAAACGCGGUCUGGACGUGAUGGCAGGAGAGGUCAAUCGCCUUCUGCAACUGACCUCCAACGCCAUCAUCCCAAUUACGUACCAAGUGCCUCGUAAGACAUACAGAGAGUUCCACGCAGACAUCUUUCCGGACACCCCAGGAUACGAACCCUCUACAUCAAUCUCCCAGUGGCUUGCCGGAACGAGCACCCCAGUCAAAACCAUCUCUCUGGACCCCACUAAGCGACCUGCGGCAAAAUUCCAGAUUCAUCGCGGGCCGUUGAGCAGUCAGGAAGAGAACAGGUCGUUGGACGUUGGCCUGCCAGUACCCGCUCCCAGGUCACGAAUAUCCAACGGCACGGACGCCAAGCCCAUGGGGGAGGUGCGGCCAACGCUCUCUAAACCAAUGGUCGCCGUAAAGCCAUGCCUCAUGCCUGGUAAGCCGUGCCAAAUGCCCAAGCCCGCUGUGCGUUCGAGCUUCCCCCUCCAGGAAAAUAAAAACCUGACUAACGAGGACGACCUAACUACCGACUCCCCGUUAAAGAACCACCUCGCUCAGCUUCGCAAAACGUUUGAGAUUCAGAAGGAGGCAAGAGAUCACUCACGGCAAGAGGAGGAGAACACAUCCAAGCUGGCCUCCAUCAGAAAGGCAUUUGAAUCUCGGUCGGUCUCCAUGGAUGACAAGAUGGUGGAGAGGAGACGGGAGGAGAUACGCCCAGAGAAGACGAUCCAGGAAGAGGAGAAGGAGAACGUUGGGAAUAUUUUUUGUUUAUGUCCUUCAGGGCGAGUCUGCAAAUUCCGUCACUUGAAGGGGACCCCAGGACACAAAAACACGUGUAUCGAGAACCUGCGAGACUUGAGCAGGACAACACCGGGAGAGUGCGAUGGACUGGCCGGUGAGUUUGGUGUGGGGGGAGGCAAACUCGGAGUUCGUGGUGUUACCCCUCAGUGGGCGGGCGGCAAACUGUCCGCCCUGAAGCACAACAAGGCCGGCAACCGGACGGGCGCUAUCCAUCGCCAUGAACACGGCCAAUGUUCCGCUGAUAAGGUGACCAUCCUCAAGUGGCAUCCAUUGUCGAAGGGGGUGUUGGCUGCUGCCGGUGGGGACCUUACCAUUAAGAUUUGGGAUAUUCUCUGUCAGACUGUCGGCAUAACUCUCACCGGACACCCUGAUCAGAUCUUCUCGAUGGCGUGGAGUCCUCGCGGCCGUUACCUAGCGACCAUGUGCCGGGACGCUACGGCAAGUUCUCGUCACCGCGGAUUUAGCAAAGUAUCGGAGAGACAGAUCAGCGUAUACAAGGCCACUGAGCUGACCAAACCCGCCAAUACGGUCGGAACGGACAUCAGCCCAGCGAUGCUCAUUCCAUUCUACGAUUCCGACUGCUCUACGCUCUUCGCCACAGGAAAGGGCGACAGUACAAUUUAUGCCUACGAGAUCGGGGCUGACUUCCCUCAUAUCUUUCCCCUCUCUCAUCAUAAAUGUACCAGCGUGCACCAGGGUUUGGUGAUGCUGCCUAAGAUUAUGUGUGACGUACGGCAGGUGGAGUUCUGUAAGGCGUUGAGGCUGACCUCCUCUGUGUUAGAGCCUCUCUCCUUCACUGUGCCCAGAGUAAAGACGGAGCUGUUUCAAGAUGAUAUUUUCCCUCCAACGUUCGUGAGCUGGGAGCCGGUGAUGACAGCUGCUGAGUGGCUGGGUGACACUAAUCGUCCACCGCAGACAUUGUCGCUUCAACCUUCUGAUAUGUUAACCUUGUCAGAAAGUCGAGAGCAGCAGUCGCCAGUCUCACAGCCAAACAGUGGAGGCCACAUACGGCACGAGACGCCUCCGUUUCUCAAGGGAAUGGUGCCCACGGAAGUACGACAGACCCAGCAUAAGAAUCUAAAUAUACCGGACGAGGUUUUGGAAACGCAGAUACGGUUAGAAGAGUCGAUGAGUCAGCAGAUGAGUCAGGUGUCCAAGACCCUAGAACAGGACAGGAUGGAAGGUGUCGACUCAACGGAAUGGGAGGAUUGAGUCAGCCAAGACAUGUCACUCAGCGCUGCCAGGUUCAAGAAUACACUCAAACUGGUUCACCGCCACACAAGCAACAUAUCGCGGAAUCAAGACCAUAUUGGGGGAGUGUGUGUGGGGG